AUGGGCUCUGUCUUGACGGCUCGCCAAACUGAUGAACUGCAUAAGGCAAUAAUUGGGUACUUAGCGGCGGCCAACUGUUCGCCCAGUGUUGCCAGUUUACGCGAAGAGCUAGGCCUACAGGUUGAAAAAUUCCCAGAUGCAGCGGUACAGCAGUAUGGAGGGCUCUUAGCGAAGAAGUGGACCAGUCUUUUGCGGUUCUCUCGGCAGAUCAUGGACCUUGAGUCGGAGGUAGAUUGUCUCAAAGGAGAAUUGAAAGCCUCGCCGGCAGCGUUGAAGAGGAAGAUCACUGAUCCAGCGAACUGGCUGCCAAAGGCACCGACAUACACUCUUAAGUCGCAUAGAUGUGGCAUUGAAUGUGUGGCCUUUCAUCCAACAGACCCCUGGGUUGCGUCUGGGGCGGGGAACGGUGAGAUCAAAAUCUGGGACUGGGAACAAGGACGGCUCGCGAAAACCAUCUGGGCCCAUUCCGAUUAA